AUGCUGUUGCUAUACUCGUUGCUGCUGAUGCCGCUGUUAACAAUGGCGGAGACCACGCAGCCCACCAUGAUGCAGGAAAGACGGACGCCGCGGUUGGAGAACUCGAGGAGCUACGAGGACUGGAUCGGUGAUGGGAUUCUGAACGACGUGGACACUGUUCUCCCUGCAACACGGUCUCCAUACGACGGUAUACUAUUAGCUCGAAGGAGGCGAAAGAAGAAGCACAAAUUGAACAGAUACAUCAUACCGUUGAUCGUCGGAUUUAUGCUGAUUAAGUCGAUUUUACUGCCGAUCGCUUUGAAGACCUUGGCGAUUUUAAGCGGCAAAGCGGUCGUCUUGAGUUUGAUGAGCUUGAUCCUUGCGGCGAUUGUGGGACUGAAGAAGGUCGCUCAGAGUCAUCACGGCGGAGGAUACGAGGUUGUGAACGUGCCUAUAAACAAAUACAAGAGACAGGAUGUGUUCGACAUGGCGGACGAUUUGGUGGAAACAGAGCCUUACAAGUUUUACAGGGAACGACGUAGAAGGAAGUAA